AUGGGAGGACGGCACAGUCCUGCGUGCCGGCCGGAAUUCUUUUUGCCAUACGCGGUGGUGUCGUCGACGGCAGCCUUGAACGGAGGGAUGUCGCACCAGCAUGAAGCCUCCGGCUCCGAUGACGACAUGGAGUCGGAGGACCGAGCGAUGGACGCUCUCGCUGCAGCGAUCAGCGAGUCGGAGGGAGCUCAGUUCGUGGAGCCGGAGGUGACGCGAGAGCAGCAGGUCAUCGCUGAAGUCGCACGGCGCCGAGACGCGGCAGAGACGAAGCGCAAAAGCGACGCCAUCUUUGACCGCUUUGAUGCGGACGGUGACGGCUAUCUCAACUUUGACGAGCUGCGCGCGCUCGGGCUGGCCACUGGCGGUGAGCUGCCUCACCCAGCGUUCGUCGCGAUUUGCGAGGAGCUUGGCGCUGCGCCACAUCGCGGCGUGACAAAGAGCCUGCUGCUCACAAUGUACACAGACGCCGGCCUCGGAGAUGCGCACCGCGAUUAUAACCUCAUCUUUUCGUAA